AUGGCACAACGCGUCAACUCGAUACUACACACUAAAACGGCUGAUGAGAUAUAUGUAUGCGAGGUCUUGAUGCGGGCUGUGCAAAUUCUACUUGGGAAACGGUCCUUAAGUUUUUCCUUGUUCUAAAAUUGGAAAUCAGCUCAUCAUUACUAAAGCAGUGAAAGGGUAUAGCUUCAAAGUUACCACUCGUUAUAGCCACAAAUUCUAUAUUUUUUUCUAUAAACCAAAAUUUUCCUGAAGGCUUGCUUAGCUGCCAUAUUUUUGAGUAGAUAAUUCAAAUAUUGAAAAUUUUCAAAUAGAGCAAUUCGCAUUUCAAUUUGCAAGUCGCGCCACUUAUGACAAAGCAAUUUUGGGCUUAAUUCUAGUUUCACAACAAACUUGAUUACUAAGACUGAAUGCAAAUGUCUCGAAAUGCACUUUCUUUGAAAAUCUUAGAGUAUUGAAUGCUGUUAUUUCAUAUUUGUUUCGCUGACAAGUGUGUUUUUCAUUUCGCGGUAGGAUUUGAGUUGUUUCAAAAAGGAGGGAAAAUCUGUAUCCAGUUCAUUCAUAACCAAAACAUUACAUAUACAUUAAAAGUGGUGAAAAACGCCAUGGUCACUUUUGAGGUGAGUAUAGCUUUGAGGGGAUCGUAAUUUAAAAUGAAUUCACUAAAAAACUGAUAAGCAUAUAAUGAAAAAAAUUCUUUUGUCAAAUAAUUUUAAUCACUGAUAUUUAUUUACUGAAUUUAGAAAGUCCGAAUAUUAACUCUAGUGCUUCAUGAUUACAAUAUAGGGUGUUUCUAGCUGAUUGCACAUCACCCUUAGAGACACUGACGAAAUGACGUCAGUAUUUAUGCGAACGAAAUUUUGUGACCAUGCUUGCAGACUAAAUACUUUUAAGAAAGCGUCAGUCAUUUGAGACAGUGUCCAUCCACACGAGGUUAUUAACUAGAUUUUCAGUCGCUUGUGUAAAUGAUAUUUUGUGAUCAUGUUUUAAGUAUAAAUAUUCUAGGAAAAGCGUCAGACACGUAAGACGUUGUUUAUUUGUAUGGAGUGAGUGUUAUCUGUAAUUUUUACAUUACUAGCUUCAAAGGAACUUCCCGGCUCAAUUGAGUUUCCCUGUGUCAAAUUACACUAACAAUAGUGAUUUGCCCCGUAAUGCAUAGGAAUAUGGUUAUCUGUCGAUAUGUUUAUUUGUUUACAUUGCGUUCGCAGGAAGGGCGUUGCGACAGUGUUUCUGAUGGCAAUAUUCUGUUUGACGAGACAAGAAUGGGAAGGCUGUAUCAAUAUAAGUACCUAGCUGUUAAUAGGACAAUGUGCUUAGGUGUACUUAAUGACUGUAAUUAUAACCUAGCCCUUAUAAGUACAACAAAUGAUAAUACUGAUGGCCGUUGUUUAUUCAAAAAACACAGAAGUAAGCUUUCAGCUACGAAACGACGCCCAUCAUUUUUUAUAAAAAAAUAA